CGUAGCUUGUGGGAGUACAUAGAUAUUGGAGGCCAAUGGCCUUAAAUCCAGUGCAGAGUCAGAUAAAUUUAUAUUCUUGAAGAAAAUAUACAUAUGUAUAUAUAUAUAUACACACACUCUAUGUAUCUAUAGUUGUUGUGGAGGGCUUUUCUUUCUUGAAAGAGAGCAGUGUAGUAUAUAUAUGAUGAUGAUGAGUGUGUGAUAGUGUGGGCAACCGAAGGGGAAAUUAAUGGAGAGGUCAAGAAUGCAGGAGGAGGAGUACUACAAUAAGGGAGAAAGGGUUUAUGAAGAAACUAGUACUGUUGAUUGGAGAGGAAGGCCUUCCAACCCUAACAAGCAUGGUGGAAUGAGAGCUGCUGUUUUUGUAUUAGGGCUUCAAGGAUUUGAGAUAAUGGGAAUAGCAGCAGUUGGGAACAACCUGAUAAGCUAUGUCAUAAAUGAGAUGCAUUUUUCAUUGUCAAAGUCUGCAAACACAGUCACAAACUUCAUAGGAACUCUCUUCAUCCUUGCACUCUUUGGAGGCUACCUCUCUGAUUCUUACCUUUCUUCCUUUUCCACCAUCCUCAUCUUUGCCUUUCUUGAACUCUCUGGUUUCAUAUUACUAUCAGUGCAAGCUCAUCUCCCCCAACUGAAACCACCAAAAUGCAACAUGUUAAGUGAUUCAGGUGAUGAGCAGUGUGUGGAAGCCAAGGGGAUGCAGGCCCUAAUAUUCUUUGUGGCCCUUUACUUGGUGGCAUUGGGGAGUGGCUGUGUGAAGCCUAACUUGAUUGCACAUGGGGCUGAUCAGUUCAGCCCAAACCAAUCCAAGAAACUCUCCACAUACUUCAAUUCUGCCUACUUUGCCUUCUCCAUGGGUGAGCUUGUGGCUCUAACGCUUCUAGUUUAUGUCCAAACACACUCGGGAAUGGACGUUGGUUUUGGGGUGUCGGCUGCCGCCAUGGCCAUGGGGCUGAUCAGCUUCAUUUCUGGGGCUUUCCUUUACAAGAAUAAGCCUCCUCAAGGCAGCAUCUUGAGCCCUAUUGCACAAGUGUUUGUGGCUGCAACUUUGAAGAGGAAGCAUGUUUGUCCAUCUGAUCUCGUGAUGUCUCAUGGAAUUUACCACAAGGAGCCUAAUUGUGACAAACCCAUUUCCAGCAGUUUUGGUAAUCCACACCCCACUGAAAGAUUCAGAUUCUUGAACAAGGCCUGCAUCAAAUUACAAGAUGGAAAUAUCCAGAAGGAAAGUCCAUGGAGGCUUUGCUCUGUGUCCCAAGUGGAGCAAGUGAAGAUACUAAUUUCCAUCAUUCCCAUAUUUGCAAGCACAAUUGUUUUCAACACGAUUCUAGCACAACUCCAGACAUUCUCAGUCCAACAAGGGAGUUCUAUGAAUACAAAGUUAACCGAAACCUUCCGAAUUCCUCCCGCUUCUCUCCAAGCCAUCCCUUACAUUAUGCUAAUAUUCAUCGUCCCUCUCUAUGACACAUUCUUCGUCCCUUUUGCUCGUAAAAUCACUGGCCACGAUUCCGGGAUCACCCCUCUACAACGUAUUGGGACCGGCCUCUUUCUGGCAACGUUUUCCAUGAUCUCAGCUGCCCUUAUGGAGAAAAAGAGAAGGAAUGCUGCUGUUAAUGAAAACGUGACAUUAUCGAUAUUUUGGAUCACACCGCAGUUUCUUAUAUUUGGGAUAUCAGAAAUGUUUACAGCGGUUGGCCUAGUUGAGUUCUUCUACAAGCAGCCCUUGAAAGGGAUGCAGUCAUUUUUAACAGCCAUAACCUACUGCUCAUAUUCAUUUGGCUUUUUCCUAAGCUCAGUUCUUGUGACCCUUGUCAACAAGGCAACCUCGGAUUCAUCAGGUGCUGGAUGGCUAAGUAACAACAAUCUCAACAAAGACAAAGUGGACCAUUUUUAUUGGUUGCUAGCAGUUCUCAGCUUUAUCAACUUCCUCAACUAUCUCUUUUGGGCAACAUGGUAUUCUAACAUUAAUCAGUCUCCGUUACUGGUCAUCGCACAGCAUGGUCCUAAUAACCUAAAAGUUGGAGGAGGUGAUGCUAUAUAUCCCUUGAAUGAUAUCAUAUGAGUGAUAAAUGCAAGUCUUUUCUUGCUUCCCUUGAGAGUUGAUACUUGUACUGAGAGUAGAGAAAUUUUAAGAAACAAUAGUAAGCAUAGGGAUCUAUUAACAUAUUGUCAUAAAUGUAUAUAAAUGGAUGUAAUAUUGAUGUUUAGUUGGAAGGUAAUCUCAGUAGUUAUUCUCUUAUCUCAUAAUUUGAUUGUACCCAUUAAUUAGACAGGAAAAGACAGGUAGCUGCUAUUUGUAGCAAGAAGGUUGCCUUUUCAGGGUUUCUAAAGACCAUUCGAGUGAAGUACAUGAUGCACCUUUAAAGAUCCAUUGCAUCUGAAGUUACUGCUACAGAGUCAAUAUCCUCUUUGUCACAGAACAUGGGCAAGCAGUGGACUAGCCAGUUAGAUAGUGCCAUCUACUUGUUAUUGCCCUCAACUUUUUGUUUUGAAGAAUAUGGCCCCCCUCCCUACGGCAA